AUGUAUCAGCAAGGGGGUGGUGGAGGAGCGCUUGAGCAGCGAACCGUCUAUGUGGGAUGCAUUCCGAGCAACCUCAACAGUGAAACGCUCGGCCAUUUCUUCUCCACAUGCGAUACCAUCAUCCAAAUUCGGCUUGCUGGGGAUCCUUCGUACUCAACGCGAUUCGGGUUCAUCGAGUUUGCCACACCUGAGGGCGCACAGAGAGCAUGCAACAUGAACGGAGUCGAGCUGGAUGGCAAGAAACUGCGCAUCACCCUCUCCAAGACGGCCAUCUCUUCGACCUCGAGCCACUCUGGGCACUCCGCUCAUUCUGCACAGAGCGACGCCUCGAGCGCCUACGCGUCAGCGGCGGCCGGACACAUGGGCCUGCACGCCUACGGCGCUGCCUACGGGAUGGGGUACGGCGCGCAGGGCGGCAUGCCCUACAUGCACGCGGGCAUGCCGCCGGCCUACGCGCCCGCCCACGGUUCCAACGACCGCGUCGCCUGCACCGUCUACGUCACCGGAGUCGACACACAGCUUCGUGAGGAGCACGUCAUUCAGCUGUUCAGCCUGUGCGGGACUGUCACUAAUAUCCGCAUGUGCGGCGAGACCGAGAACAAGGCGACCCGCUUCGCCUUUGUCGAGUUCUCCACGCGCGAGUCGGCCCUCAUGGCCAUGGGCCUGACCAACAUCGUGCUCGGCAACGCGCCCAUCAAGGUGAUGCCGUCCAAGACCGCCAUCCAGGCCGGCAGCCGGGGCGGCGGCGGAGGACCCGGUGGCGGUGGCGGGCCUAGGCCGCCGCACCACGCGCACGCUGCGGCCGCGUUCGACCCCACCUAUCAGGAGCGGGCCUCGCGCACCCUCUACGUGGGCGGCGUCGACAGCAACUUGUCAGAGGCGGAGCUCCUGCAGAUGUUCAGCGGCUUCGGUACCGUGACGAAGCUGGCCAUGGCGGGCGACACCACCGUCCACCAGGCCCGUUUCGCCUUUGUCGAGUUCUCUACCGUGGCCGAGGCUCACAUGGCCCUCGCCAUGAACGGCACCGUCGUCGGCGAACGGCCCAUUCGUGUGAGCCAGUCGAAGACGCCGAUCAACGCCGCCAAGAGCACCGUAUCCGGCGUGCCCGGCUACAACCCGUCCGCUGCGGCGGCCUCGGCCCAGGCCUUCCUGGCCGAGUCGUGGCAGCAACAGCAGCAGAUGCAGCUCAUGCAGCAGCAGGAGCUCCAGCAGCAGUACGACAUGGCCCGCCAGUACUCCUCCUCUUCAUCGUCUGCGCCGUCAUCACACGACGACCAGACGCCCGAGAAGAAGCGCAAGAGGAGCCGCUCGCGCAGCCGCAGCCGCAGUCGUAGCCGUUCGCGCAGCCGCGAUCGCAGUCCCUCGCGCGGAUCGUCGUCGUCGAGGCGGAGGAGCCGAAGCCGCAGCAGGAGCCGCAGCCCGUCGAGCCGCAGCGGCGAGGGCGAGAGCAAGCGACGAAGGGAGGAGCAGCAGCACCGCGAAGGUGCCGAUGCGCCCCAGGCUACCGCGCCGACGACAAGCGAGGGAGGCGAAGCCGCCGCUGCCGCGACCACCAACGCCACCGAAACGAACAGCAGCUCUGCCGAGGCAGAGCUGUUGUAA